AUGGUCAAGCCAGCGGGCGAUGGCGUUCAACUUCUCUACACGUCCAUAGUCAUGAUGUCGUUGAGCUGGGUAAUGGUCAUAUCACGCGUAGCAGUGCGGAGAUGGAUCAAAGCCUUUGGCGUAGACGACUGGUUGAUGAUCUCUGGUCUUAUGAUCUAUUCGGUGACGUGUUCGCUGUGUAUAGUUUGUAGUUACUACGGUGCUGGCCAGUAUAGAAAGGAUCUUUCGGCGAGUGAUGUUAUGCAAGGGACCAAGCUUUUCUUCAUUGCCGAGUUCUUCUACGCCUCUUGCACGGUACCCAUCAAGAGCAGCAUCUGCGUGACCCUUCUCCGGAUCGCAGACCCACGCCGUCGAUUCGUAUGGACCAUUUGGAGCAUCAUAAUCGCCACCACGGCGACUUCCGUGAUAUUCAUAGUCGCCAUAGCCAACAUCUGCCACCCAAUCACCACACUAUGGGGCGAAACCACGACAGGCACAUGCAAUCCCAUCAUCAAUAGCACCGUCAGCUUUCUCUUCUCGGCCGUUUCCAUCUUGACGGAUUGGAGUUUGGCAAUUCUUCCAGCAGUCUUGUUAUGGAACAUCCAGAUGAAACCAAAGGUCAAGAUCUCGGUUGCUGUGAUACUUGGACUUGCCGCUUUCGCGAGCUGCGCGACCAUCGUCCGACUCCGCUACCUCACUCUCUACAACAACCAAGCCGAAUUCCUGCUCAGCACCGGUAAGAUUGGUCUCUGGUCCAUUAUCGAAGAAGGCAUCGGCAUUAUAGCCGGGUCGAUUCCCGCCCUUCGGCCUCUGCUCAAUCUGCCCUUGUUCGGUCGCAGCACCGUUGGUAGCGGUUCUCACGGGCGCCUGGAUGAUGGCAGCGGCGCAUUUCGCUCGGCGCCCAGUCAAAACAUCAUCAAUGACCGUCGCCAUCAACAUUCCGUCAAGAUGGAAACGUACCUCACGGCGGCUGGAGAGAAUGGCGGCAACAGGCAUCGCGGGUCUGAGGACGCAGAUAGCGAGAAGCAUAUCUUGAAGGAGACGCAGGUUUCCGUGACGGCUGAGCAAUCU